AUGGCUACUCCCGCCCUCGCAAAACCCGAGGCCGCCCCUUGGAAGAAAAACCUGUCCGCCCACCUUGUCUGCCCUGAAUGCAAAGAAGACCCUCCGAACCUAGAAUUCCCCGAUUCCCACGAAACCGUUUGCGGUUCCUGUGGUCUUGUGCUCGCCGAUCGCGAAAUCGACCUGCACUCCGAAUGGCGUACAUUCUCGAACGACGAUCAGAACAAUGACGAUCCCUCACGUGUUGGAGACGCCUCGAACCCUCUGCUCAACGGCGCUCAGCUCGAGACAUCAAUCGCAAGUGGAGGCUCAGGCCGCGCUCGCGACCUGUACCGUGCGCAAAACAAGCAGUCGGGCGAAAAAGCGAACAAACAACUUCUGGCAGCUUACAAGGAAAUCGGUGCUUUGUGCGAUGGUUUCAACAUUCAGAAGACUGUCGCCGAUACUGCCAAGUAUCUCUUCAAGAUGGUCGACGAUGCCAAGGCCUUCAAGGGCAAGUCUCAGGAGGUCAUUAUUGCCGGGUGCAUUUUCAUUGCAUGCCGCCAGUGCAAGGUCCCACGUACCUUCACUGAGAUCUUCGCCGUGACUAAGGUAACUCGCAAGGAAAUUGGCCGCAUUUACAAGGCUUUGGAGAAGUUUUUCACCACGCAGAACGUCGAGCGCCACAACGCUGCCUUGGAGAAUGGCGAGACUCACGACGCUACCGGCGAUUACAAUGCUACUACGUCAACCAAGCCCAGCGACCUCUGCAACCGUUUCUGCAAUCUUCUCGACCUUCCUUACCAGGUCACCAGUGUCUCUGUCUCCCUUUCGGACCGGGUUACCGCCAUGGGCGACCUGGCCGGACGUUCUCCCCUGUCUAUCGUUGCAGCCUGUAUUUACAUGGCCUCAUUCCUCAUGGGUCACGGAAAGUCUGCCAAGGAGAUUUCCCAGGUUGCGCACGUCAGUGACGGAACCAUUCGUGGUGCUUACAAGCAAUUGUAUGCGGAGCGUGAGCGCUUGGUUGAUCCUGAGUGGAUCAAAGGCGGCAAGGGCGAUAUGGGUAAGCUGCCUGUGAGCUGA